CGGCAGCGGGCAGGGACGGCCCGGGGGCUGCGCGGCUCGGGCUGGGCACGGCUGGGCACGGCUGGGCACGGCUCGGGCACGGCGCUGCCCAUGGAGGCGGCGCGGCGCUGGAACGGGUACGCGCGGCAGGAGCCGCCGCCCUCCCCGCCCGCCGAGAAGCCGCGCGUCCCGCCGGGCACCGGCAGCGGCUCCGGCGGCGAUGGGUGGCGGGGAGAGCGGCCCCGCAGCGAGGAGGACAACGAGCUGAGCCUGCCCAGCCUGGCCGCCGCCUACACCUCCAUCCUGCGGGCGCUGGGCGAGGACCCGCAGAGGCAGGGGCUGCUCAAGACGCCCUGGAGGGCGGCCACGGCCAUGCAGUUCUUCACCAAGGGCUACCAGGAGACCAUCGCGGAUGUCCUGAACGACGCCAUCUUCGACGAAGACCAUGAUGAGAUGGUAAUUGUGAAGGACAUAGACAUGUUCUCAUUGUGUGAGCAUCACCUCGUUCCAUUUGUUGGAAAGGUACACAUUGGUUAUCUCCCCAACAAACAAGUGCUUGGCCUCAGCAAGCUUGCUAGGAUCGUGGAAAUAUACAGUAGAAGGUUACAAGUCCAGGAACGCCUUACCAAGCAGAUUGCAAUUGCCAUCACAGAAGCCUUACAGCCCGCCGGGGUCGGCGUCGUCGUGGAAGCUACGCAUAUGUGCAUGGUGAUGCGUGGGGUUCAGAAAAUGAACAGUAAAACAGUGACCAGCACAAUGCUGGGGGUGUUCCGGGAGGAUCCAAAGACCCGGGAAGAAUUCCUGACACUCAUCAGGAGCUGAAACUGUGUCACCCUCUGGAUGCACUCUGGAUUGUCCUGUCCUGUGUCACUGUCUGUCCUUGUCCCCACGUCCCAGUUCUAAACUAAAUCGUCGUGAAUUGUUGUCAUAGUCUUUGUGCAGUGAAAGGCUUCUGGUGGCACGUGGGAAAGGUGGGAUGAGGGAGGCUCCUCCUGCAUUUCCACUGAUGCUGGUGUCACAGAGUCACCAGCCACAAACGGGAGCUUGGAAAUGUUUUUCCAUCCGUAAUGCAGAAUAUCCAGCGGUCGGGAGAGAAGUGGGGCUCAGGAGUGAGGUGGAUGUUUAUUGAAUAGUUGUGUUUAUUAGAAUAAAUGUGGAGCAGCACAGGAAACACCUGAAAGGAUGCGGAUCUUUGUAGGAUUGGGAUUGUCCUGAAUUAUUGGACCAUGUUUUCUUGCAAGUCCUGCAGUGGCUGUUUCAGUACCUGGAUGUGUGUGUUAUACCUCUGAAUUGUUACCUCUGGUGUGUUUUAUAAUCUUGCUAGUAUUAACCUUC